AUGUUUAGUGACGAUUCCCGUCCUCAACAACAAAUGCUUAUAGCAGGACACAAUAAUCUAGUGGCGAAUAUUGCAAAACACGAGAAGAACAGCCUGCGAGAAUUCGACCUUAAUUGGGAUUUGAAAAAACACACAACAUGGGGAAAACUAAAUACCAGCCGAACGGAUCUUAUUCGACUUCGUGAAGGAAAUGUAAGCGCACAAAUGUGGUUUGUUGGAGCGAACUGCACGGCGAAUCCACUGGAAACAGUACAAAUAGUGCUGGAGCAAAUCGACACCCUGCUUCGACUGAUCAGAACCCACGCGCAGGAUCUUGUCCUUUGUAGGACUUCAUAUGAAUUAGUAGCCGCCGUUGCUCAAGCCAAAAUUGGUUCAUUGAUCGCAGUUAAGGGAGGAGAUUCGAUCAACUCCAAACUUGGGCUACUGCGAAUGCUGUAUAUGCUCGGUGUCAGGUGCAUGUCUCUAGCGUCGGAACAGAAUUGUUGCAGUUGGAUCGAUUCUUCGAUCGUCGAUGCGAUGGACAUUGGAAGUAUUAGCAUGAAACGUGAUCUCUCACUUUGGGGGCGAUCGGUGGUAUGGGAAAUGAAUCGUUUAGGUAUGAUCGUCGAUCUUUCAUACGCAAGCUAUGGUGCAGCACUGGAUGUGUUACGCUACAGCCAAGCACCGGUAAUCUACAGCAAUGCAGGAGCGUACAUGAUCAACAAGCAUCAUUUGAAUGUGAGGGAGGACGUGCUAAUUACGCUAGCCUUGCAAGGUGGACUGUUGAUGAUUAGUUUUGACCCAAAACUCUUGGGAGGAUACACAGUAGAUAACGUUGUUGAACAUCUCAACUACAUUCGUGAAAAGGUGGGAGCAGACUACGUAGGAAUCGGCACUGGUUUUGACGGUUUCGAUGGCGUGGUUGAAGGAUUAGAAGAUGUAUCGAAGCUUCCGCUGUUAUUCAGAUCCCUUGCUAGUGGCAAAUAUUCCGAUGGAGAAUCCUUUCAACCGUGGACAGAGGACGAACUUCACAGGCUAGCUGGACUGAAUUUUAUGCGCGUAUUUCACCAAGUAGAACAAGUGAGAGAACGACUUUCACACGAGGAACCGUUUGAGGAUGAAGAUUCUGAUUACUUUUUGGAGUGA